CAAUGGGAGAGAGCAGGGGAGAAGGGUGUGCAAGAGCAGCUCGUAUUGUUGAUUGGACGUCAUAGACAGUAAGCGGGCUCUAGAGGUUCGAUAGAGCCAGACGGUGAACUUUGUACUCGCCAGAUAACGGCGAUAGGCCUGCGCCUCUGGGUAACGAUAUAGAGGACGUUGGAGCAGAAAACGGCCAUAUUUAUCCUGUGGAUAGCACCGCGGCGUAGUCUAACCUCUACUCGACUGACUGUUCCUGCGAGAUUUUCUUACUUGAGAACAGUGCGAUUUUUGUUGACCGAAGUUCGUCACUUGGAAGAAAGCACAGCUUCAACAUGAGCACGCCGUACGGAGCCUACUACCCUCCUCCGGCUGGAGUGCAACCGUUUCCACAGCCAGCUCCUGUGGCAGGUGGUGCGGCCCCGCCUCCGCCACCCUAUUACCCGCCGCAAACUGCAGCCACGGCCAGCGUGCAGCCUGCCCCGUAUCCGGCGGGCUUUGCGCAGCCGUCACAACCUGCGGUGAUGCAGCCGUCGUACAACCCGGCAUACGUGACCGCGCCACCAUCGGCGCCCCCCGUCACGGUCAUUGUGCAGCAGCAACCUGGCGCACAGACAGCGCAGCCAACGCAGGUUGUCCGGCCACCCCCUCAGCAACACCAGAGUGGCAGCAGCGGCAUGGGCAUGGCAGGAGCGGCGGCAGUGGGCAUGAUGGCGGGCGCCGCAGUGGCCGGAGUAGCGGCGGCUGCGCACAGUCGCGACAGCCACCACCACCACCACCACCAACCCCCGCACGUUGCACACCGGCCGGGGCUGCUGAGCCGAGGACACCACGGGCCGGUCAACGUGCACAUUCACCCGCAGCCCACGCACUGGGCGGCCAGACUCGCCAUGCGGGCGAAGGAGCGCCGACACCACUAAAUGCGACCGCUGGGGUCGACUCGGGGAGUGGUGGCUUGCUCGAACAAACAGCAGACUGCCUAAAGCAUGAGCUGGACACAAGGCCGUUUUCCUAUUGCAAAAGAAAAAAAUCCGAAACCACAGCACAGCAGGAACCAGGAGGCAGUCUGCGUUUCCGGGUGCCUAUGCCGGUGGAAAAUAUUGUUUCGUGGAAGUAUACGCGGAAAACUAUUUACAGGAUGUAUGUACAAACCUAGGCUCAGCACUCAAGAAGAAGGUGAUAUGGAUCCUCAGAAACUGUGGAUCACCUACCCACAGUGAUGGAUUCGGGUUGAAGAAUCGGGCAGCUUGCUUGCGGGCUCAUUUCAUGGUGUGGGGAAGAAAAAUUAAAGGGCCUUCAGCGUCUUCAAAAUGUUUAUGUAAGAAAAAAAUUGGAGGCCAGUAUGCAGAGAACAAGCGGCUCACCGUCUUCGGUUUCACGGCCGUUAUCUUGAUCGUCGAGCAAAACUGGCACAUUUAGGAAUUUUAGGCAUUGGUUAUUGAAACAGAGAAAUUUGUCCAAAUGUAUGGAAAUUCCGCGCUAACACAUUGAAACAGUGGAACUGCCGACGUGAUGGCGUGUUUUGAUUUCAGUCACCACAAAUGACCUUUGCAUUAUUAUGCGAAGUAUUACCUUUGAUCGUAUUGUCAUCGCAAUCAACGCAUCUCGUCAAAUAAACAACAGGGCGUGGAUGCUCUGGAAUCUUUAACGAAGCACCGCUACUGAGCUAUAUUGCAUUUCACACCUGUAGCGGUGCUGCUUAUCUCUGUGCGCCAUGAAAAUAAACGCGUGCUGGAACACAAAAAAAAAAUAGUUUUAGCAGCAGAGCAGGCAAAUUGUGGCGUAAGCGGACAUAUAUAUCUAUCCCCGAGCUCGACAGGGUGUUAGUGGCGCUAAACAGUAUAGGACAAUAUAUUGCUAGCGUAACAACUUGCACUGCGACAUUGUUUGAGUCCAGUGACUACAUUAUCUGAAUACUUUAAACAAACUUAGAACUAAAUUUAAACUAUCACAUUUGCAGUCCAUUUGCAUAAUACAAACAAAUAUUCAUCUUACAGAAUUUAUCUUGGCAAACUGAAUCGCAUUUUGCACUAAUCUAAGGAAAUCGGGGAUACUUUUUGCCCGAGUUAGUGGGGAACAGGCUUCAGAGGUUGGCAGCACUGUCGCCGUGUGUCAUGCACCUGUGCGCUGCACCAAAGAAUUGCCAAACGCGAUGUUCCAUAGAAAUUCAGGAAUGGGUUGAACGACACUUCAGAAGUUACCUGUGUAGAAGAGCGAACUUAACAUGCGAGGAACGUUUCUUUUAAGUGCAAAGCACUUUAUUGGCCCGGGCUGUUGGCGUGUCAUGUCGUGGUCACGCGCAAAAACAGUAUCAAAACAAAUGCGGAAUUGAUCAGAACCGGUUCAACAUAAACUAACAUGAUUCAGAAUAACGUAAAGGAUAGGAAUUAUUAAGCAUUAGGCGCAUUAAUUAGCAGAAGCUUGUGAAAAUUGUGAAAAUCUUGUAAUGUGAUCUCAUGUCGUCGAGGUCACGCGCAAGAACAAGUUCUAGAUCAGGGUCAAAACAAGUGCAGAAUUGUUCAAAACCAGUUCAAAAUGCACUAACAUGAUUCAUAAUAAUUGAAAACAUACGAAUAUUCAUGAAAUAAUUGAAUUAACAGAAAUUCGUUAAAAUCGCUUCUAACUAUCAUCAGAAAAGGCUUGGCUCCAUGUGGGUGGCGGUUUCCCACCAGUUGUGCCUUAGCACAGCUGUCAAAACGAAUGAUGGAUUGCUAAACAGAAGAUAAACACUGGAUAAAACAAGAUAAGCACAAGGAAAAUACAAGGGAAACACCGACGAAUCACUGUUUCGCACUUCCCCAGAUUUUACGUUGAGUGGAACUGCAUUGCCACCGAGUUUUUUUUUUUUUUCAGACUAAAUUUAUUUUUGCAGUCACCUGAAUAAUUCCUAAUAACUAGUCCGAUUCUUCAGUAUUCAUAACGCCGUGAGGUAGUCGACUGCGCACUGUCUCCACAAAUUCCCAAAUCAUGUCAGUGACCUGCAGGAGGAGAUGAGAGGAGCGUGUCUAUCUCGCAAUAACUAGCACUGACUGCUGUUUGUCCGGCGCAUAAAAUUUUUGCUGGGAGGAAGCCCAUUCACUCCGGUCUAGAGUGCAGUCUAAAUCUAGAGUUGCUGUACCUUUCACCCUCUUUCUAUCGCUGUUGUGUUGCCCAAGCAAAAUUAACACGAAUCGAUUACAUUUAAAUGGCUAGUUCCAGCUUUGCUGAAAAGUUUGUUCGACAAAGUCCAAGAUAGUGUCUGCGUUCGCUCGAUAAGCGAGCUAGAUAGCAGCUGCUGUCGCCUUGCUAAAAGCUUCCGCGGUGCCGGGUAUUUGAGGGGAAGCACUUGUGUGGUCAUGCUACAAUAAAGGCGAAGGCUUCUGCUCAUACCGACAGGACCUGAACUACACCAUUGUACAUAUGCGCACUGCAUGAAUUAUUGUUUAUUAAUAAAACUUUUUU